UAACUAACUACCUAAUAAUACCCGGUAACUAGUUUUAGCUGCUGGUCAAGUGCUUGUGCUGGAAGAUGACGAAGCCUUGUCAAGUCACACGGAUUACAGCGUAUGUCUGCCAUCAUCUCCCCAAACCUUUGCUCCCCGUCUGAACCUAUUCAAAAUAUCCAUGGAUAUCCAUCUCCAUCUCCAUCGCUAGUCUCCGUCGAAUACCCGUGUUCAAAAGCAGAGUCACCUGCUAUGACAUCUCGCCACCAGCGUCCUCGUCGUAAAUUAAGUUGGUGGAGACGGAAGUGGAGCGUGUGGAAAUCGAAGGAGAGCCCCUUGGAGCUUCGAGGGAGUAUUGUUCGUCUUCGCCAUCGGAACAAGCGCCCAUACCUUGCGCUGCUGCGUCUCUUCCUACCCGCAUCGUUGACCUCAUGGUCAUAUCCAAUACCAGAGCCUCUCCCUCCACUGAUCUUGGCUGAAAAUCCAUCCCUGUGCUGGACAAGGCGGUGUGAAGGCGACCUCAAAAAUCUGCAAGCAAUUCCACUCUGGUGCUCACAUGAUACCCCCCUGCGCUCCCUGUAUCGCAUGUAUGAGGCCGCGAUGGCUGGAGACAGUAUGAACGUUGUGAUCGGAUACGAAGUUGAAUACUUUUGGUACCGCAGUGAACGUUCCUGGAAGCUAGAGCGCAUUCCUGACCCAAAGGACCCGGACCCCAUCCGUUAUGCGAUUCUUGCCUGCCUUGUCGAGUCUAUGCCUGAGGCUUUCAAUUUCAAGCUCAGCAAGGGCUUGAGGCGAGACGGAAACAACGUCCCUCCUGGCCCUUGGGAUGGUGUGAACGAUCCGUAUGCCCCUUACAUUCCAGAGCACGGGCCAGAAUGGACAAAACAUGUUCCCCCCGUCGAUAAAGAUUAUCUACGAGACGUUAUGCCUGAGAGAAUGCUCGAUUCGAGGGGUAUGCUGAUUCUCCAUGAAGAAGCGGACAGUGAGGUUUUUGCAAAGAGGAAUAUAGUCGCUUCGGAGGAGAGGUUUUGGAGAAUAUAGUUUCAACAGCUUGUUUUGUUUUGUGUUGGUUAAAGCGGAAAGGAUCUCGGGACCAUUGAGAGAGCAGAUGCUACUAUGAUAAGAUAUACUCCGUAUGUACCUAGGUAACUCCCUUGUGUGUUCAAUUAAUAAUCGUUAUUGUAUGCGUCUCAAAUUCUUGUUGCUCAUUCAAAUUCACGUUUCCAUUGUAGGGCACACCGGGUAUCAGAAACUAAUAUUCUAACUAACUACCUAAAAGAUACAUUGGAUAUCAUUUCAAACCAAAGUUUGGCCAAUAACUGCAUAUUCCUCGCGUGCUCGUCAAAGUCAUAAAUCCCCCAAAAUAGCCAAGAAGACAAAAAAAAAAAAAAGAAAAAAAAAGAAAAAAAAAUACCAGACGCAGAGGGGAGAUAUGGAAUAUAAGAAAUCAAAAUCAUAACAAAAUCCAUAUAAAGCAGAAAAGAAGGGGGAAUAUUUUUCAACGCCGUUUGUUGUCGUCCUAGGAAAAGCAAUUGGAAAUGGGGGAGAGGGUCAAACAAGAAAUGAUGAGCAGAUCAGACAAACAAAAGAAUCAUGAACUGAACACAGGCUGCUCUGUUGGUCGAAUAAAAAAAAAGAAUAAAAGAGGUUAAAACAAACUGUGGGGUAGGUGAGUAUGGCGAGAGCAUUUAUAACCCCUUAAAACGCGCCCACCCAGCAGCCUUAAUCUCACUACCGCCGGACUUCGAAAGCCGUCGUCCUUUCGGCUUCGCAGCAGUCUUUUCCUUUUCUUCAGCGACGGUGUUAACUCCACCGCCUCGCCCUUCUUCUGCCACUUUCCCGCUAACAUCCCGUCUCCUCCCAACGCCCAAUCCGGCAAUAUAACUACCAUAUCCAGGAGAGCCAGAUCCAAAACCUGACCCCAAGUCAAUGCCGGAAUUGCUCACCACACGUCCCUUGCGGUCACUAUCGUGGUGGGCAGGGCUGGCAUCGCGACCAUCAUCGCUGUCAUCGUCCGCUUGUAGAGACUCAUAGGCAGAUGGUUUACCGCCUCUUAACGUCCAUCGCUUUAUGCUUGGGGUGGAAUUUUUCGCAGCACUAUUUGGAGUUAAGCCUUGGGGGACGUGGGCGUCGUUCUUGCUGUCGAAAGGUGAGGAGAGUAUUUCGUAAGUGGGUUCGACAUCGCCAUGAUUUUGAGAUUUGGCUGGGGUUGAGUAGCGUGGACUGUUGAGUGACGGGUUCGGUACGUCAGUCAAUGCAAUGCGACGGAUACUGCCUGUCUUGCCAUACGAGAUGAGGUGUUGCUUCUCGAAAGGCUGCGGUGUUGGAGGGUUCAUUUCCAGUGGGUUAAUGGCUGCCACGGAUGCUGUCUUAUCAUCUUGUACACCCUCAUAGGUAUUGUUGCCGCCCUGGUUAUCACCCAGAUCAUGUUCAUAGACAUACAAAUUCUCAGUAUGUUCCUUGUAAAUAUUUUCAUCAUCGUCGUAGUAGUUGCUGAGUGGGCUGUAAUUAUCCUUGCUACGAUGCUUGAUGACUGUGCCACUCCGAUCAAAUCCAUAUGAAUCGUUUGUGUACUCCCAAUCCUUCACACCUAGAUCCUUCCCAAGCAUAUCGGGAGAUCCGAGCCGAUCAGGCAACGGAGAAACUCGGUCGGCGUGCAAUGGAGGAGAUGGAGAUGACCGGUGAACAAACCAGUUUUCCUUGGAUAGUGAUGAUACACCACUAGGAUCACGGGAAACAGUUUCAGGAGACACCGGCCGCGAGUUCUCCGACUUAGGGGAGGUGUUUAUGGUAACAGAUUGAGGGCGAGAUGAAGUACCGCCACGACCCCGCGCCAUUGUCCGUGCGAUACCGACUGGAGUAUGAUGAGAUUGUUCAUACUGGCGCGUCUGUUGGCUCGGGAGGUCUGAACGUGAAUACCGGUGAGAUUGCGCUGAAUAGAAUGAUUGACUUGGACUAUCGCCAAUAUCCUCGACGGAAUCAGCGCGUGUGUGCAUAAAAGGAACGCUACGCGUAGGAGUCAUCAGAGGUUCUUUUGCCAGGGAUCUGCGGUUAAAAUUCGAAGAAGCGAUCGUGGUGUCGCUCAUGUGCUUCUCUGCGAUCUCUGCGAUGUUAGAAUUUGUGCGCUUGUGACCGCGUGAAGUUAGGUUAUCUUCCAAUGGAUUCAUGUCUGGUGGGAGCUUGGAGAUUUUGCGGAAUAUAACAGCCAGAUAGAGGGAUAUAACCAAGGAUGCAAGAUGCACGCCCGCGGUAACGCAGCAAGCAAGAAAUGUCGUAUAUAUGAUUUUAUCCGCUGCCAAUUUAGUUUCGAA